CGCUGCUGUGAGUGCCCACGCCUUGUUGUUACUCACUGCAAAUAGACUGGUUUCUCUAAAAUGCCGCCUUUCUUCUGAGUUUCAGGUGGUUUAAUAAAUGAAAUAGCAUCAGCAUACAUUAAAAUGUGGAUACUGACACCCCUGCAGUCUGAAGGUGAGACCUACUAUCUUGUGUCCAGUAAGGAGUAUGUGGUGGGACGCAAGAACUGUGACAUCAUCCUAACCAGCGACCAGUCCAUCAGCAGGGCUCACGCUCACCUCACUGCUGCUGACCAGACACUGACUCUGAAAGACACCUCCAAGUAUGGUACCUUUGUCAACAGCCAGCGUCUGAAAGAAAACACACCAAUGAACCUGAAGUCAUGGGACGAGGUCACGUUUGGGGUUUUCCACAGUAAAUUCAGUGUGGUCCAUUUGAAGCCGGUGGUGUGUUCAUCAUGUUUGGACAAUGAUGGCAAAGCAUCACUCUCUCAGGCUCUGUCGGCUUUGGGUGGAAAUCUGGUCAACACCUGGACUGAGGACUGCACCCACCUGGUCAUGCCCACUGCUAAAGUCACCAUCAAGACUAUCUCUGCUCUGCUGUGCUGCCGUCCCAUCGUGAAGCCAGAGUUCUUCUCAGAACUCAGCAAAGCCGCUCAGCAAAAAAAACCUCCUCCUAAAGCUGAGAGUUUCAUCCCUGAGAUCGAUGAGCCUAGCCUCAGUAAAGAGGAUGUCAACCUUGGAGCGAUUGAACUUCGCAAACAGCUUUUUGCUGGAAAGACUUUCGUCUUCCUCAGUGCUAAACAGAUGAAGCGCCUGAGUACAGCAGUGAGUUUUGGAGGUGGCAGAAGUCGACUGCUGGAGGAGAACCGUCUGCCCACAGACCUGCUGGAGUCUCAGCAGAGCUGUGUAGUGGAUACUUCAACAGGCAGCUCCCAAACUCUGCUGCCCUCCUCUGCUAAUGAGUGGGCAAACUCUGUGAAGAAUAUUGUUCAAAGAAAAGGCCUCCGAGUCAUCACAGAGUCUGAAAUUGGUUUGGCUGCCAUCUAUGCUUCCUGUGACAAAUACUGCAAUCCAUCUAGUCUAAUACCGGUCUCAGAGACAGCUCCAAAAGUUCCAACCAGAAUUCCAAGUGCUUCGCUGUCUCGCGUAGCAGUGGAUGAGACAGUGUUACCUGCUGCAUCUCAGAACAUCACAGCAUAUGCAGCGAACACAGACACAUCCCAAAGGACGCAGCGAUGUGUAGUGACAGAGGUGACAGCAGUGGGGGAGACUCCUGAGAAGAAGCAGAGCAGUCAGUUUGGUGGAUCCAAACCUGAAGCGCAGAAGAAGACCAGACAGUGUGUCGUGGACGACACGAUGAGCUCAUCAUUCAACACUUUUGAGAAAACUGACUUAGAGAGGAAGAGGCCUGAGUCCAAACCGACAGUUUCAGGUGAAAGCAGUGGUGGCCUUUUGUCCCAGCCAUCUUUUCCAAAGCCCAUAAAAACAUUCCUGCAGAAGGAAUCUCCUCAGAAACAAAGAGUCUCUGCACAAGCUUCCCCACAGAAACAGUCAACCCUGACCACUUUCUUUCAACCUGUCAACAAGAAAAGACCUAUGGAGGACGAUCUCUCUGCUGUUAUGUCAGAGCCCAAACGACCAGUACUGGAAUCAUACCCGCAACAGAAACAACACUCCUCCGUAGAAAGCAGCUCGCGUUCAGAGAGAGUCCCUGCAGUAACUUCUCAGGAGUCAGCAGGAGAUCUUUUUGUAGUACCGCCAGAGGCUGAGUCACACAGGGUCUCCCACUCCAUCCAGGAUGGACCACGGAGUGGGAAGAGGAAGGAGAUGGAAGCAGAGAUACAAAUGGAUGAACUGGAGUCUAUUAUGUCCGAGGAUAUGGACUUCUUUGAUGAACCUCCAUCAGGUAAACGAGUAGAGAAGGCCCGGAGUGUAACAAUCAGCUCAACGGAACAGAAACACUUUGUGAAUACUGGGAAGACUUCAUCAAUAAGCAAGAGGCAACGGAUCGAUGUAGAAGAACAUGAAAGAAUUGAAAGGCCUCAGACAAGCCUGCAAGAGGAGUCAGGUUCCAAAAUGCAACACAAUAAACCAUCUGGAAAUAUAACCUCCAUCAAGACAGAGCGGGUCAGUCCUGAGUACAGGAAAUCUUAUCAUGAGUCCAGUGUAGCUGCAAAAGUGCUAAGUAAAGAAAUAGAGCCUUUUGAAGAUGACGAGGCAUUUCUUAAGGAUUUGAAUCAACUCAAGGGAGACAUCUGCCAGCCCAAAGAAGAGAAACCGAUGCCUUUAAAGCCUGUAAUGAUAAAACAGGAGGUCCAAGAGGAGUCAAAGAUUGAUGAAGACCUUCCUCAAAAGCUGGUGUUGGUGGAGUUCCGAUCCCUCACUGUCACCGUUACUCCCAAAAACAAACCACAGAGGAUGACGGACAAUGGCUUCACAAAGAACUUCAAACGUUUCCGCAAGAUGAAUGUGCCAGGUGCACAGGGCCAGGCGCUAACCCACAUCAUCGGAGGCUCCGAUCUGCUGGUUCAUAACAGGGGCAAGAACUCUGAUCUGGAUGAAUGGCUGAAAGAUGCAGCGGAGGAGGAGCGUCAGAGCAAGCAGGACGAGAGUGUUGGAGAUGACCUCUUCAGGUACAACCCGACCAAAUUCACCAGGAGAAGAUGAGUCGCCUCCAUGUUGACAUCCUGCAGAGUGAAUUAAUUUUCAAAAAGGCAAGGAUGUAUGUCAAACCCUACGACACUUUAUUAAGCAUCUGCAUUUCAGCUAUAAUGCUAAUGAAUGUAGUUAGCAUAGUUCAUGUUCGUUACAUGAUUGUAAUAUAAACGGAUUGGAGUUGUUUGCCAAUGUUGCGCUCUUCCUGUUCUCUUAUUCUGUUGUUUUGUGCAUACUCUUCACUAAUGAAGCCGCUGACACCAGGAAAUGUAAUAAAACAGUCUCACGUUCA